AUUCAUCUACAAAGUCUCGCGAGAGUUUGGUGACUGGCUUCAGAAGGUCAGCUGAUCAUUUACUACAGUCCGGCAUCUGCAGCUCUCGCAGAGGCUAGCGCGCCACGCCGCUUUCUAUGCUGUGUCACUGAGCGGACCCUCUUCCAAAGAUGGCAGACACAAACCAACAAAGCCCCCCUCCCCAGCUGGGGCCUGUGCAAUUUUUAAUGAGCAACAAGCUGGAAAGUGCAAUGUGGCUUUCUCGUCUCUUCACCGUCUACUGCUCUGUCAUGUUCAUCCUGCCCGUCCUGGGGCCCUAUGCAGCGGCUAACUUCUACCAGAGAGCCUUGUUGGCCAACGCCCUCACCAGUGCGCUGCGCUUACACCAGAGGCUGCCCCGCUUUCAGCUGAGCCGGGCGUUCCUGGCUCAGGCCCUGCAGGAGGACAGCUGCCAUUACCUGCUCUAUUCCCUCAUCCUGGUCAACUCCUACCCCAUCACCAUGAGCAUCUUCCCGGUUUUCCUGUUUUCUCUGCUUCAUGCAACCACCUACACAAAGAAGGUUCUUGAUUCUUUGGGUCCUGGUAGCCUGAUGUUCGUCAGAAACCUCCUGGAGAAAUUAUCCACCAAUCAGCAGAACAUCCUGAAGUUCAUAGCUUGUAACGAGAUCUUCUUAAUGCCCGCCACCGUUUUCAUGCUCUUCAGUGGUCAAGGAAGCUUGUUGCUGCCGUUCAUUUAUUACCGAUUCCUCUCUCUACGCUACACAUCCAGAAGAAACCCGUACUGCCGAACGUUGUUUACUGAACUGCGGAUUCUUCUGGAGCACUUUGUCAUGAAGCCUGCCUGCCCUGCCUUCUUCAGGAGGAUGUGCCUCAACAGCAUCGCCUUCAUCAGCCGGCUUGCCCCCACAGGGGUCUGAUUAUUACCAAUUAUGUUAGUUUAUUCUUUUACUGUUGCUUUUUUCUGUCCUGGUUUGUUGUUUGCUGUGGAACUGGGCAGACGAUGCCAUCAGUGGAAGGAGCUUGUGUUUUGAGGAUCACAUUCAGUCUUUUUCUGUGUGACGGUGCAGUCAGAGAUCAGCCUCCAAUGCUCUGAAGUCCUUUGGGGAGGUUUUGAUUUUCAUCUUCUUGCUACAGACGGCAAUGUCAAAAUAUCAGCUGUUCACUAUUUAUUCAAAGAAAUGGUUUAUUUUAUAAUAAAACAUUAACAGUCUGAACUACUUGAGUAUGUAUGUAUACAUGAUAAAUCUUGUUUUUGUUUGUUUUAAUGCUUGACUUCAAGUGAUUUCCAUUGAUACAAAACAUGCUUGGCUAAUGUUUUUUAAAAAAAAAGCUUUUAGCUGAAUAAAAUUUGCUGUAUUUUUUAGAAUAAUUGAACCCGCUCAACCGUUUGGUUUAGGAUGCGUAUUUAAAAUGAUUUUGACAAAGCAUGCCAUGUUUGUUUGAAUGUUUUUUAGAUGGAAAACUUGACCUCCUUUCAUUUAUGAACGUUCCUAGCUCUCCUCCGCAAGCCUACUUUUUUUAAACCUGUUAAAUGUGCUUUUUGCCUACAGUCAUGCCACAUUUUUGUAUAACAAAAAUGAAGUUAUCUCUUUAAUAAAUCAGAAGAAAUAUAAAGAAAAUUCA